AUGCGCGUGCAAGGAUUCCAUCCCUUCGCCCUUGUGAUGCCUUCCAUGCCCCUGGCCGAGGCCAUCGGCUGGCAGGACUGGGUCACCGCGGACGCCCUUUUCGACACCGCCACUGGCACUAUAAAACGCGACCCAGAUGUAGGGAGGACAACGCUGCCGCAUCUCCAAGGGGAACCGCUGGGACAACCUUCAAGUGGACUUGCACCACUGGAUUCAGGCACCAUUGCAGACAUCCUCAUCGCGACCCGGACCAUGCCAGCCUGGAAGGCGUGCCAGAUCGAGGGUACUAAUUGGGAGGGUACCGCCCAAGAAAACAUACAGAAAUACGUAUCCUCGAUUGGUACGGAGGAACGGCCAUCGUGA